AUGUUUGCUCUCAUUGUGGAGAAAAAAACGUAUAUUUGCUCUCAUUGUGAGAAGAGAUUUUCUGACAAGAACACUCUUACAAUUCAUAUUAGAACACAUACUGGAUCAAAACCCCAUAUUUGCUCUCUUUGUGAAAGAGGAUUUUCUCAAAAGGGCGAUCUUACCCGUCAUAUAAGAAUACACACAGGAGAAAAACCUUAUCAAUGCUCUCAUUGUGAGAAGAGAUUUUCUGACAAGACCAUUCUUACAAAUCAUAUCAGAACACAUACUGGAGAAAAACCCUAUAUUUGCUCUCAUUGUGAGAACAGAUUUUCUAAAAAGAGUCAUCUUACCUGUCAUAUAAGAACACACACAGGAGAAAAACCUUAUCGUUGCUCUCAUUGUGAAAGAGGAUUUUCUCAAAAGGGCAAUCUUACCCAUCAUUUAAGAACACACACAGGAGAAAAACCUUAUCAAUGCUCUCAUUGUGAGAAGAGAUUUACUCACAAGACCGGAUUUGCUAAAAAGAUUAAUCUUACCUAUCAUAUACGAACACACACAGGAGAAAAACCCUAUAUUUGCCCUCAUUGUGAGAAGAGGUUUGCUAAAAAGGGCAAUCUUACCUGUCAUAUUGUAAGAACACAUAAAGGAGAAAAACCCUAUAUUUGCCCUCAUUGUGAGAAGAGGUUUGCUAAAAAGGGCAAUCUUACCUGUCAUAUUGUAAGAACACAUAAAGGAGAAUAA